AUGUCUUUCAGCGGUGAUGAGCAGCAACAGCAGCCUCAGAGGCGGCAGACGGCAACUCAGGAGACGGACCACUCGGACAUUUCAGACCAAGUAUCUGAAACAUCGCGACCACCUCGCACUCGUCGCCGCAACCGACGUCGCCCCGGGUCGGUGCAACCUCUCCAACAGCAAGAUGAUCAGCAGAUGCUUCAACAGAGGCAGCAGCAACAGAUGAUGCAGCAACAGCAACAACAACAGCAGAUGAUGCAGCAGCCGCAAGGUGGCGGCGAUAGCAAGUCGGACACCCUCAAGCUCCGUCUCGACCUUAACCUUGAGGUAGAGGUAACGCUCAAGGCCCGCAUCCACGGUGAUCUGACCUUGGCAUUGCUGGACACUUAA